AGCCCUGUCGGCAAAGAUCGAUCAUCUCUACAAUGCACUUUCCAACUCCACCUCUCUCCUUCCUUUUCCCAUCUCUCCCUUCUCUCCUCCCCCCUCUCUUCCCUCCAGUCCAACUUUCACCCAAGCUUCAUGAUCCUGUCCACCUCAGGAGGAGACAGUGAGAGCUCCUCUUCGCUGUGCUCCUGCUACGCUCCCAUCACACUGCACAACAUUGGUCCUGUCGGCCAACAACUGCCCCCUCCUCCUCUUCCUUCUCCUUUGAAGAGCAACCUCAAGAAGCCAAUCAGAGUGGAAGAACAACAGCAGCAGGAGGAGGAGGAGGAGGAGGAUGUGAUGGUGAGGGAUGGGAGAAGGAAAGUCAGCUGGCCUGAUGCCCAUGGCAGAGACCUUGCUCAUGUCCAAGUGUUCCAUUCAAGUGUGUUGGAGGAAGGGGAAUUUGCAGUGGCAGGGAAAUCCUGCAUUUGCAGCAUUCAGUGAUGGGGGUUGUUGCUCUAGAGAUGGAAGCUGAGUUCUGCACAGGUCAUACACCUUGUCCAUCUCAGGAAGAAAGUGGAGAAGAACUCUCAGUGCUUCCUAGACACACUAAAGUCAUCAUUACUGGUAACAAUAGGACAAAGUCAGUUUUGGUUGGGCUGCAAGGAGUUGUCAAGAAGGCUGUUGGAUUUGGUGGUUGGCAUUGGCUGGUUCUGAAGAAUGGGGUGGAAGUAAAGCUUCAAAGAAACGCUUUGAGUGUUUUAGAAACACCAACCGGAGACGAGGAUGAAGCUGAAAUAGUCUACACAAGUUUCUACAGCACCUCCGAUGAGGGGGCUAAAGAGAUUGAUUGCACUAGCUCAAGAAAGCUAGGGGUUCAACAUACCAGGCCAUCAAUAUCUUGUGGCGAAUUUAAUGAUCGGAGUUGCUACGAUGACACUCAAUCCCAUGGAUAUAAGACUCAAACGAGAGUAAAUUUGUCAAGACUCGGGACAACUACCCUGUGGAGAUACUGGAGGCACUUCGAUCUGUUCAAAAUGGUGCAGGUGAGUGUCAACCCAAACCCAACGAAGGAACAAAUGGUUCAUGGAGUGCAGUGUCAUUUCCUAUCUCAGAAGCAACUGGAUGAGAUGCAGGUGAUCGAGAGCUUCAUUCAUGCAGCAAAGAGAUUGAAGUUUGAAGACUCUCCACUCCUAAAAAUAGAGUGAUUGCAAAUCAAUGUGGUCCUCAGUCAAUGCAAGAAAGAUCGUGAGGACUCACCUCUCGGCCGAUGCGCUCAAUAGAUGCUGGUUGAGCGGAAGGUUUCGGAGUCGAAGAUAUAUUUAUGCUAAAUAUAGCAAAGAAGAUUGUUAGUAUUUUUGAUGCAAAGUGUUCCCCAAUGGGGUUGAAAGUUUUAAAUGAAAUGACACUGAAAGUAUGUAUUGCGCACUGUGCCAAAGUUGAACCUAACGUUUGUGAGUAAGGUUGAUGUUCAAUUUGAUUUAAAUUUAUUUA